AUGGCACGAGCGGCCGUCCUCCCUCCAUCCCCUGCUAAGCGAGGGACGCGCACGGCACCUCGAUCAACUUUAACCAAGACCACUGCCAGCUCUCAGGCCAAAGUUGUGACCGAACCGAAGAGGAAAGGUGUGACUAAGACGACAACGGCCAGGAAAAACACGCUAGCGAAUGUCGACAUUGAUUCAGAUGAUACCGAGGAUGAGCUUGGUAUGAUGAUGAAGGAACAAGAUCAAAAGCCAGCACGACCCCGAGGGCGACCAUCAGCUCGCUCGGCAACCAAGGCCUCAACAGCGGCGGCAUCCUCAGCAUCAACAACCACUACUCGGGGCAGGAACGUCACGCCGGUGGCAGUUCUGCCUGAAUCCCCCGCCGAAAGCGAUGGAGAUGAUAACGAGGCUUCAAAAAAAGAGCCAGUAAAGAAACGGGCGGGUAGACCGAGGAAGAACGCUGUGCCAGAGACAACCACCGCGGCCAAAACCGAGACAACACCAAAGCCCCGGGGGCGACCAAAGGGAUCAACAACGACCAAGACCACUUCAACUACUCGCAAGAAUACUCGAACUGUACCCGAGUCGGAGGCCGUAGCCGAAAAUGCCCUCACUAGGCACAUUCGCAUUGCGACAAACUCGACGACUAUGCGAUCGAAUAUUCUACGUGGCCGCGCCAAAAAGAAAACCGUCACCUUCCAAGAGCCAUCUGACUCGGAAUCCGAUGAGUUGAAAGGUCCUUCAGCUGCAGCUGCAGCUGCAGCUGGAAACAAGAAGGUCGAGGCAGCGGCUACUAACAAAGCUGGUCUGGGGGCGACACCAAUGCGCAAGACCACGGGAGCAGCUGUGCGUGGACGAAAGUCCGCCGCAGUGAAGAAGGGCGCAGCCAAACCUCUGUCUCCUAAGAAGGACAAGCAGGUCGCCAAGUCGCUCUCCGCAUACGCUAGCUCUGAUGGCGAAGAGGAUGAAUUGAGUUCAGCGAAAUAUGACAUCACGAGUCCAGUCAAGUUGGUUAUUCAUCCGCCAGUCAAAGAGGGCACAGAAGCCACAGGAUUGAGCUCGCCUGUGCGCAGGAUCAAUUUAACCCCCAAGAAGGCAUCCAGUCUAGUCGAUGAGAAUGGUGAACUUAAACCUGCCACGCCAAAGAACGGGUCAUCGACCACCGGGUUGAGCUCGCCUGUCAGGAAAAUCAACUUCACACCUAAUCGCAGCGUCAAUGCCGUGGCUGAUAAUGGCCAUCUGGCUUUGCCUCCUGGCAAGUCAGUUGAUUUCAGCGAAUCGGUGUUUAUGUCCAGCCCUGCCAGACGACCGGAAGCUUCCCCAUUCCACUUCUCUCUUCGGGAUACACCGAAUCGUGGCCUGCUCUUCCGGGAAGACGCCAAAUCUGUUGCUGAGCCGGAUCUCGGCCAAGGUCCAGCGUCGCCGCUGAAGAUGUCGCCAAAGAAAGCCAACCUGGGUGCGUCGUUCUCUCUGUCUCCAAGCAAGGCGUCCACUCCGUUCUCUGCCAAGACAUCUCUUAUCCAAAGCCCGCCAAAGAGAAUUCCCUCUCCUUUUAAGGGCUCUCUCUUCCCAUCAAAGAGCUCGGUCAACGCAGUCCCUACUUUGGAUGAUGACCCUACAAUCGACCUCCCCGUCUCCGAAUCAAAGCAGAACUUGCUACCCACUGAGGGCUUUGGGCACGAAGACCUCACCGUGGAUCAAGACAUUGAGAUGGUCGAGGAGGUGGCUCGGGAUAUCUUUGGUAUUGAACUACAAUGUUACGGCAGAAGCUCGUCUGUAUCAUUCUCACCGCAGGAAUGCUCUGCAGCUGAAGAACCCCUUGAGCUCGAACCGGCCGAUGAUACCUUUGAUGAGCCUGAAACCGUCGAGAGUUGUGCCGAGGAUAUUGAUAUCGAUGAAAAGCUUCAAGAGCUACAAGAAGAGAUCCGCCGUGAGCCAGAGGACUUUGGGACAAUCUGCUUCAAUACUAUGGAAGAACUCCAGAAGCCGUUCCAAAAUCUCCCCGAGGUGCAAAAUGUGGAACACAAUCUCAUUUUAAAUGAUCUUGAUGAUACUAUGGAGACGGAUGUAGAGGAAGAAGACAUCCCAGAAUCAAGUGCUGUCCCAGAAGUUCAUUCCGAAGAGGUGGCGCAAAUGGACACACCAGAUGGCGAACCAGAGCAGCAACUUUCUUCGCCCUCAGACCCGACCCUUGGGCUGGCUGAUCGCGAAGACGCGCAGUCCCCCACGCCUGUGCCCCAAAUUCUUGAAGAAUAUAUUGAUCUCGCCCGCCAUGCACGGGAAGACCUUGAAGCGAACGAAGCGGAAGAGGCUGGAACUGAAUCUGAUCAUUCGGAGUAUAAUGAACCCGCACUUACGCAAGAUGAAUACACUGUCCAAGUCUUGUCUCUGCUGGGCACUCCCCAGCGUGUUCGCGAGGCUGAAGCUAUUGAAAGUCCGCUGCAGUCGACACAAUCGAUCCCUCCUGUGGCUCUUACUCCUCCUACUCGUGAAAUGAGCAUCGUGUCCCCCAAUGAGCAGGAUAGCGCCAAAUCGAAAGACUGGAUUUUCGACAUCAAUACUGACGCGCGCAUGCCGGUCGAGAAUAGCUUUUUGGAUACCACCCAGACCGAGAUUCCUUCCCCUACCGGCCAUGCCAUCUGCGAUACUCCCAACUUUGCUGGCAAGCGACAGUCGCUUGUCAACGUUGACAGUGGGUUUACGCCUUUGGCGCGCAAGUUUGAUAGCUGGGAAACCAAUACUCCCUCUCAAGCUAAGCCAAACCGAACACGUCGCCGUGGCGUUUUCUCGCUUGUGGGACCUUUAGAGAAGCCUGGGGAACAUGCUACACCGGUACAGGACGAUGUGUCCUAUCCUGAUCUUUCGCGCACGCCACUUGCAGAUACGCCAAGUUUGUCUGCAGAAUUACCUCUUCAGGCUAAGAACGAUGUUGUUUCCACGCCCCCUCAGUCCCCUCACACCCCCAAAUCUGCCGUUCCUCAACAGGAGCCUUCUGAGAUGUACUCGCCAAUCCGACUUGACAUCUUUGAAGACCCCGAGUUUUCCGAUUUUGAGGUGAUGGUGCCCGAGCAACUGCAGCCUGCUGAGGGUAGGAGGGCCCCCGAAUCGACUGAAGCGCAGGACGAAGGUCCUCUGUCUGAUGAUGAUGAUAAAGAGAAUUGUCAUUCCCCAGUCAUCGUACCUACCACUCCGAUUAGAAGAGGGAUCGAUCACCUUCGAACGGUUCACACUGUGUCCAAGGUGCCCUUGAAGGGUGAGGGUGAGGUUUCUCCUCUGAAGCUGCCCCGUAAACGAGGCCAUUCGCUCGAGAGCAGGUCUCCUACCCGCGCGUCGCCUCGCAUGCGCAAGCCCGUCAGAUUCCAUGGCAGUGAGAUUGUACCAACAUUUUCCCCACACAAGGCACCGCGAGCUUCGCGAAGCCCCAGCCCUAAGCGUCGCUGCAGCACCCCUAGGGGUUCUAUUGGGGCGCAGCCUGACGUUCGAGUGCCCCAGUCUCCAUCUGUGGCUUCCAGCGCCGGCAAGACUCCUCGCAGGAAGAGUAUGACCAGCCAGCAAGCACUCCGUGGUGCUGUUGUGUACGUGGAUGUUCAUACGACCGAAGGCGAAGAUGCAUCAGGAAUUUUUGUUGAGCUUUUGCAGCAAAUGGGUGCUCGUUGUUUCAGGUCGUGGUCAUGGAAUCCUCGUUCUAGCAUGUCCCCUGUCGAUGGUGUCGAUCCCAAAGAAUCCAAAGUGGGGAUCACUCACGUCGUGUACAAGGAUGGUGGUCUUCGCACUCUGGAAAAGGUCAAGCACGCUGGCGGCUUGGUGAAAUGUGUCGGAGUUGGUUGGGUUCUUGAUUGCGAGAGAGAAAAUAAGUGGCUUGACGAGACCCCAUAUAUGGUCGACAGCUCUAUCAUUCCCCGCGGUGGCGCGAAGCGCCGCAAGAGCAUGGAGCCUCGUGCCUUGAGUAACGUCAAUGGCACUUUGGUCCGCGUCCCUGAACCAUCUACCCCAUCUGCCAGUGGACGCCGCUGUGGUGCAGACCGAGGUGCGGUGGAGGGAUUCCGAAAAAUCACUCCCCCAACUCCUCUCGCCGGGAUCCCAACGACCCCCGUUCAGAAAUCUGAGCGUUAUCACAUUCCCGCCACUCCGGGCUACAACUUUGACAACCUCGACGCAAUCGGCAUGUCCCCUGCCACCCCCUACUUCCUCUCCAAUCGUGCCAAGUUGGUACAGAAGUCCUGCCCACCCAAGCAGAGCAACCGUGGUCUGUUCGAAGGGACAGACAGACCUAUCUUUAGUCUUGAACAAGACGACGAAGUCGAGUCAAGGCGUCAACAGCGCGCUCGUAUGGAAGCUGCUCGGCGUAAGAGUCACUUCUACAAGCCUUCUGCUGAAAGUCCGCUUGGAAAGUGA